AUGGCACGGUAUUCUCAGUUUGACUUCUACCAGCAAAAUCCAUCACCAUUAGAUGUUACGCCAUCAGAAGAGGAGGAGAUGAACGUGUUAGACGAUAAGAUUCUGGACUCCACCUCACCCGGACUCUCUGAUCCGCGACGUGCCUCAUACGACGAGGCCUAUUCACAUCGGAAUUCAGUCUGGUCCAACUAUUCAGCCGGCUCCGAUCAGUCUCGUCCAACCUCGCAUCUGGGUCAGGCCGUUUUGGAUUCUGGCGUUCCCUUUAUGCCCGUCGAUGGGGCCCACUACGCUCAACCAUGGUCUCUCUCUCGGAAUGCUUCCGGCUCAUGUACUCCAACUGCCUACGAUCAGGGGGGUGCAGUAGGGCCAGUAGGCUCCAUGCCCAUGGGUGCGGUUUCAUAUCGUGGUGCCAUGGGCUUCCAGCCGCCGGGUGGGGUCGCGAUGUCCCCGCAGUCUAGCCAGGGUUGGAUGCCGGCGCCUAUGGAUUUGUCCGAUGCAAACCCGUCAAAAAGCCUAUAUCGCAAUGGAUCCCCGUUGACGAUUCGUCGUGAUGGGAUUCGCAAGAAGAACGCUCGCUUUGAGAUCCCUGCCGAACGGACGUUGAGUAACAUCGACCAACUGAUUAAUCAGUCGACCAAUGAGGAGGAGAUCAAGGAGCUCAAGCAGCAAAAGCGAUUACUGCGUAAUCGCCAGGCCGCAUUGGACUCACGUCAACGCAAGAAGCUUCACACCGAGAAGCUGGAGGAAGAGAAGAAGCAAUAUGCUCAUGCGAUGACUCAGAUGGAGGAAGUCGUCGCAAGACUUCAAAAACGAGAGGCAGAUUUGCUGCGCGAGCAGGCCGACUGGAUGGCUCAACAGCAGCAGGUCACUCAGUACCUGGAAAGUUUGCAUAUUGAGAAAGACGAGAUGAUCCGUGUACACACCCUGGAGACGGCCGAACUUCGAAAGAAGAACAAUAUCCUGAUGGAGACUGUCGAGAAGUUGGAGCGUGGGGUCAGGCCCGGCAUGGAAUCCCAUGGCGAGUUCGGCUUUGAGGAUAUGUCGAUGGAUGGCCAUCCAUGGGACGACUUCCCCAUGAGCAAUGGACUCCCCAUGCAAGACCAGAUGCCUGCAUCGGGUCCGGUUCAAUCUCACGCUCUGACCCAGGUAAACGAGAGAGCAGAGAAGCCCUCGAACUCGGAGUAUCCGUUCAGCUGGAAUGCCUUCUACAUGUGUCUGCUCUUCGGUGCAUUCAUCGCUUCCAACAACACCUCCCUGCCCGGCCGAAAUCUUCCCCAACUGUCGGAAGAGUACCGCGCCGAGUCGGCUAACGUGCUUAAAGCGGUACUAGCCUCAUCCCCGUCGGAUGCUGCUCACUCCACCAACGCAGUGGCUGCAGCUGCUAGCGCUGGCGCCGGUGCAGCCACCAUGACCGGCAUGGAUAUGACCCAAAUGGGGCCUGGCAUGAGCGGGUCCUCCACGCUAGACGAACUGCACGAUACGCUAGUCAUUCCAACCGAAGAGCAAGAGCGCGCACAGGUUUUUGCCAUGAAUGCAGAUCAGUAUAAUUCCCUGACCACUUUCGAAGGGGACGGCAGCUUUAAGCCUCAGCCGCCGUCGGACUUGCAACAAGCACUGGCGGCUAUGCGCCACAACGCGGCUCAGCAUUCACGAAUGCAUGAUGCCACCUCCAAUGUAUACACUAGGUCGCUGAUGUGGGAACGAGUCCCACAGAAAGUGAUCCAUGAUUUCCGUCGUAUGGUUCAGGAGUUUGGGGCCGCUCCGGUCAAGCAGGAGAUGGGCUUUCAGUCCGCAUGA